AUGGCUCGAUACCAGGGCCUCGACUCGUCCGACCUGUUCCGCUUCGAUACCCUCCAAUUGCGCGAUGAGAUUCUGCUGAUUGACGGGAGGACCGCCUCCAAGGUUGAAUACGAUGAGUAUGUUGUCUUCAAGAAGGACAGCAGCGUGCUCUCGGGGUUGACCCCGGAUGAUGAGGGCGGGAACGAUGUCACUUUCAAGCUCAACCACGAUGAAGAGAGGCCAGGCUACCAGAUGCUAGACCUCGCUUUUCGCCGCGGCUGGGUGGUGGAUCACAAUGGCGACUUUACUGAAGAGCCAGCUCGCGAUCCCUCCCUAGUGCUAGACGGGCGUGUGAAAAGAGUCAUCUGCUUCCGUCACAAUAAGUCUCUUGACCGCAGAGAGGACGGCAUCACAAUGACCCCUCAAGACAUAGACGCCCUCAAAUUGCACCCAGCAACCCUCCAGUACUCCCGUCGCGUCACCAACGAAUCUCGCUUCUGGUCCCUCGACCAGAACAAACUCAGUCUCAUCCUCUCCUUCUCCAGCAACCCCAGGACACCCUACGACUUCAUGUCCAUGACCUACGACAUCCGCAGCCGCACAACAACGCUGCUCGUCCGCCAGAGCUAUCACCCUCGCAUGCACAACCUCCAGAACCUCGACGAGUACGACCAACGCCUCGAGGCCUGCCGCGCCCACUGGGCCCACCCCUUCAUCACCCCUGUCGUCCUCCUUCAGGUCCAAUUCAUGCGCACCGAGGAGGCCGUCAUGGAGAACAUCAACCACGUCAGGGCUCUCGAGUGGGAAGUCAGCAACAUCGCCGGCUUCGAGGCCUUUGAGAUGGAGCGCGAGCGGCGGUCCAAACUCAUCCGCCGCCUCACCUUCUCCGCCAACAACGACAAGCAGCCGCCCUUGGCCGGACCAAUGAGUAUGGCCAACCUGAUGAAAAGCGCCCAUGACGUGUUGAAGGAGUCGAUCAAGCUGCUGGACACGGUUCGCUGGAUGGAGAGGGUGGUGAAGCUGAUGCUUCUGACCGGCAACGAAUUGGCGCAGCGCAUGUCCACGGGAGAACAGAUCAAUAUGCGCCUGCACGACCUCAGCGCGAGGAAUUUUGACGACGACGACCGCGACCGCCAAGACCAGCAGGCGCAAAAUGACGAACCCGCGACGGGCCCGCCAUCGCGGUCGUCUGCGAGCACCCGGAGAAGAUCAAUACCGCCCGAUCCUCUAGCCGACCCUUCGGCCGACCCUCUUGGAAACCACUGGCACGAAAUCAGACAAUACCUCGAGGGUCUUCAAAGAAUGUGCAUGGGCCUAGAAACAGACCGCCGCAUGUCUGAGGCCCGUUGCCGAGCCCAGAUUGAUAUCAUCUACUCCAAAAUGGCCCAAGAAGACAACGUCCUCAAUGCCCGCAUGGCCGUCGCCUCCUCCCGCGACUCCUCCUCCAUGAAGGCCCUCGCCGUCAUCACCGCAAUCUUCCUCCCGGGCGAGUUCCUCGGCACCCUCUUCGGCAUGUCCAUGUUCGACUGGCAGGCCUCGGGCGAGGACGCCGACUCCUCCACCAACUCCUCCACCGAGGGCUCCUCCACCAACCCGAAAGACCCGAUCCCCGUCCUCAGCCACCUCUUCUGGGUCUACUGGGCCACCGUCAUCCCGCUCACGGCCAUCAUCCUCUUCGCCUGGCGCGCAUGGUGGGUUAGCCAGGACCGCUACUUCCGCCGGCACCUGUCGCGCGAGCUGAGCGAGGAGCGCUACUGGACCGCCGACGGCAAGCCGCGCGAGCUGGAGCACUCCUUCUGGUGGGACUUCUUCUACCUAUCCGUGAGGCGGGACGAGAGGCCUGCACCGACGGCGGAUCCGUACGGUAGUCUGGACUUGUCGCCGAGUCUGAGCCAGGAUAAGGACGAGCUGCGGUCGCCGAGGGAGACGACGGCGAGGAGGGGCCAAAUUUCUUUCAUGAGGACGCAGAGCUUGCGGCAGAGAAAUCAUGUUGCUGUAUGA